GAAACUUACGUGAAAAUAAAAACAAAAGAAGAAAGAGAGAGAGGAUAUAUCAGAGCUGAGUUAGAUACUUUACAGAGAGAGAGAGAAAGAGAGGGGGAGAGAUCUAAAAAUGGAGGAUAUGCCCCCAGGGUUUCGCUUCUUCCCAACGGAAGAAGAGCUGGUUUCAUUCUAUUUGCACUACAAGCUUGAAGGAAGGAGACAUGACUUGGACCGGAUGAUGGGUCGGGUUAUUCCGGUUGUGGAUAUCUAUGAUCACAAUCCCUGGGAUCUUCCACAGAUUUCGGGAGAUUUGUGUCAUGGAGAUCAUGAAUGGUUCUUCUUCAUUCCAAGACAGGAGAGAGAAGCCCGUGGAGGAAGACCCAAUCGACUCACAACUUCUGGAUACUGGAAAGCUACUGGAUCUCCUGGCCAUGUUUACUCAUCUGGCCAAAACAGUCGCAUAAUUGGCGGAAAGAGAACCAUGGUUUACUAUGAAGGAAGGGCUCCCCACGGAAGAAAAACUGAAUGGAAGAUGAACGAGUAUAAAGCCAUUGAUGGGGAAGCUGCCACUUCAAACACUGCAAAUCCACCGUUACGACAAGAGUUCAGUCUGUGCCGAGUGUACAUGAAAACCAAGUGCUUGCGAGCAUUUGACAGACGGCCUUCGGGAGCAUUGGGUCGCGAAGCAGCUUCUGGGCGAGCUAGAGGGGAUGAAGCAGCAGCAACGUCUCGCCAUCAGAACCCUCAAAUGGUGGAGAGAACAAGCUCGCCUGAGAGCUCAUCCUCAUCAGGAGACCAUGCCAAUCCCUCUCAAACUGGGGAGAGCAGCAACUGGGAAAUGAGCGCUGAUAAUCCACCUCUCUGGGAAUGGGAACAACUGAAUUGGUUCUAAUGAAAAAGAUCAAAAGAACAAAUGGAGAAGAUAAAUUAAGUAGAAGCUGCAACUGCACAGCUUAACCUAAUGAAUAAGAAUAAUCUCAUUAAUUUCUUCUGUAAGGCUAAGGAUAGCGACUGUCUCAGCCAUUUCUUGAUCAGAUGUACCUGAUUUUUCUUCCCUUUGUAUUUUCUUGGCCAGACAAAUUAACCAGAUGUUCAGUAAAUUUAACUUCAAUAUAUCAUCUGCGUAUGAGUUCUUGUGAAA